GCGUCAAUAUCAAUUGCAUUUAAUCCCGUCUCCUUCCUGAGUUUGUGAAGAUGGUUGUCCUCGCUGCUUCGAUCUGUACCCGAGGCGGAAAGCCUGUUCUCUCUCGUCAGUUUCGCGACAUGACCAGAACCCGUAUCGAAGGUCUUUUGGCUGCUUUCCCCAAGCUCAUCGACGCGAGCGGGCAGCACACCACCGUUGAGACCGACAACGUUCGCUACGUUUACCAGCCAUUGGACGAGCUCUACAUGGUUCUUAUCACCAACAAGCAGUCGAACAUUCUACAAGAUAUUGACACCUUGCACCUCUUCACUCAGGUCGUCACGUCCAUGUGCAAGACCUCCGACGAGCGUGAGAUUGCCCGGAACGCGUUCGAGCUCCUCAGUGCCUUCGACGAGAUAGUGAGCCUGGGAUACAGAGAAAACGUCAACUUGUCUCAGGUCAAGAACUUCCUCGAGAUGGAGUCGCACGAAGAGAAGAUUCAGGACAUCAUCGCUAAGAACAAGGAGAUGGAGGCCACGGAGGAGCGCAAGCGUCGGGCGAAGCAGUUGGAGAUGCAGAGACGCGAGGCUGCAAAGGCACAGAGACAAAACAGGGCAUCCGCCUACGGUUCUAGUGGAUACUCUUCUGUGCCGUCGCAGACGUACACACCCGAACCUACCUACGAGGCUCCCAAGCCACAACCAUCAUACAGCAAGCCCGCUGUCUCGGCACCCAAGGGUAAGGGUAUGCAGCUUGGCAAGAAGUCAAAACAAUCGAAUGUCUUCGAGGCUGCGCGCCAGGAGAUCGCAGUCGAGCAAGCUGCGCCAUUAAUGGCAACGCCAGAGCCUACCGCACAGCCAAGUUACCUCGACGAGGCCCCAGCCCGGCCUACUGACCAAGAGCCUAUCCACACCGAAGUCACGGAAACUAUCUCCGCUAAGAUCAAUCAUGAUGGUGGUGUAGACUCCAUCGAAAUCAAAGGUGAUCUCCAGCUUCAGAUUUCUGCCGCGGAAAUGACUGGUUUGCAACUGCAGAUUGUCGGCGGUGACCGUGAAGGUAUUCAGUUCCAGCAACAUCCCAACAUCGACAAGGCUGCCUUCAAUGCCUCGCACGUCAUUAUCCCUAAGGCAAAGCCCUUCCCUGUAAACAGACCACUGAAGGUGCUGAGAUGGCGCGUCCAGUCUACCGACGAGUCUCUUCUCCCUCUAAAGGUCAACUGCUGGCCAUCUGGUGGCGAUGUCACGAUGGAGUAUGAGCUGACCUCUUCAGAUGCCACUCUCUCCAACGUCGUCAUUCGCAUCCCCAUUCCUUCCGGCGAUGCGACCGUGGCGGAUUGUACUGGUUCAUAUGACUUCAACGGCUCUGAGCUCUCCUGGAUUAUCCCAACCAUUGACGCUUCCGCUUCAUCGGGAUCUAUGGAGUUCCAGUGCGCGGAUGAUGACGCAGAUAUCUUCCCCGUUCAGGUUGAGUUUGAAUUGAGUGAGACCGUUAGUGGUGUCGAUAUUGGUGAUGCGGAGUUGCUUGAGCAGGCAGGUGUUCCUGUUCCAUUCUCGAAGACGGUGAGAGUUAUGGCGGAAAACUACAAUGUUGUGUAA